AUGGAUUCGUACGUGGGACUUGCAGGAUGGGCAUUCUUGCCCUCGUUUAUCACCAACGUUCUGCAGUCUAUCUGGUACUCGUUCAAGUACCCAGUCAACUCUGGAGCUAAACCAGCGCCGAAUACCCCGAAACAUCGUCGCCAUUAUAACAGGAUCUAUUGCGGCGUAGUCCUCGCCUAUCUUGCAUAUACAAUUGUCGAAGUCGACAGGUCCACCCCGACCAAUUGCUAUGACCUAUUGGAUAUCAACUUCCACACGUUUUCGCAGAAGCAGCUUAGGACCAACUUCAGGAAGGCGUCACUCAUGUAUCAUCCGGACAAAGUUGGAGAAGUUGGGGCAGACACGUUCGUUCGGAUUCGGGCAGCACAUGAGAUCCUGAGCGACCCUGUUAUAAAGGUGGCCUAUGAUCGAUUUGGACCGGACCUGGCUCUCACCUGUACGACCUGCAAGACCACUAAGGAUUAUAUCCAACAAGGACUCAUGUCCUUUUACACAUUCUACUUGGGCUCCGGGAUCGUUUUAGUCUUGAUGAGCGUUCUUGGAAAGGGACAGUUUGGACGAUAUUGGCGAUUUAUUGUACUUUUCGGUAUGGCAGCAUUGGAGCUGGCUAUGGUGACCCGCGCGGCGCCACUUACGCUCUUAUCCUGGGUCAUGCCGCACCGGGUGACAUUCGAGCAAGUGGCGAUCCUCCACCAGAUCUUUAUCUCGACUUUCAUCGCCAUUUCGCAGAUCGGGCCAAUUUUGGUGCCCUCCAAGGAACAGGAAAAGAGUAACAUCAAGGAUCUCAUUACUCGAUUGGAACUCCUCACUGCCAUUUCCCAAACUGAGUCCGUUGGGCAGCUGCAAAGUGUUUUUGACGUGUACAGAGGAGACGAGGCAUGCAUGACGCAGCUGAAGCGACAGAUGGGUAUGAUGGCUCUUGACGCACGACUAACACAGGAUCAGAUGUUGAAUGAGGCUAGGAGCGCGGUUCAAAGGCGACUCUUGCAACGAAAGAAUACGUAG